AUGUUGCGUGGCAGAUUCGUGUGUGGACUCAGGGAUACUCACCUUCCACAGCGUCUGCUCAGUGAACGUCACCUAACGUUUCGAAUUGCGUACGACAUGGCCAAGGCAGCCGAAGCAGCUGCAACCCACCAAGCUCAGUUCAGACCACGAGAGCACAGCGGAAAGGUACACGCUACCGCGAAGACAAAUGCUGGCCUUGGAUCGGCUCAGAAACCCAGAGGGAACGACGGGAAGCCUAAGGACAGCUUUCAGAGGCACGAUUGUUACCGCUGCCUGGGGUCUCACAAGCGCACGGAUUGUCCAUUCAGAACAGCAAUUUGCUUUUCAUGUGGCAAGCCUGGACACUUGCGGAAAGCCUGUCAAAAGCGCAAACAAAAGGGUGGAAAGACUCAUGUGGUACAGGAAGAGCAAAAAGACAGUGAUUUGUACAACUUGCACCAAGUACAUUCUGUGCAUUCUACUGUUCCCAGGUACACUGUAACUCUGCGCGUGGAUGACAAGCUUGUGCCCUUCGAGGUUGACUCUGGUUGUGCUUACACACUUAUAAGUGAAGAAACAUACACAGCUACUUGGAUCAAGAAGCCACCCUGGCUCGGGCCAGUUGAGGUAGGCUUGCAAACGUGGUCGGGUGAACCAAUGAAGUUAAAAGGUUCGGUGGAAGUCAGAGUCAGGUGGAAGUCAAAGGACUAUCUGUUACCUCUUCUGGUGGUGAAGGGUACCGGGUGCAGCUUGUUGGGCCGCAACUGGUUCCAGCCGCUCAACAUCAAGAUCAGUGGUGUCAACAGCGUUCCAGCGGCUACCAGCAUAGAUGCAUUGCUGAGCAAGUUCUCAUCAGUGUUUGCGGAUCCUUGUGAAGGACAUGCUGGGCCACCAGUUGAAAUAGAACUUAAAGGGACCGAAAAGUGA